CGGCGACGUCGAUGUCAUUUUCGUUCAGCACCGAAUCUGAAACACCAAGAUGCGCCAAUUGCUCAGCACCCGCCUUGUGGAAAUCCCCGAAGACGUCAAGUUCUCCGUGAACGGACGCAAGGUCACCGUGACCGGCAAGCGCGGCACGAUCUCCCGCGACUUCUCGCACGUCACGUUGGACUUGCGCCGCGUCAACAAGAAGACGUUGCGCGUCGACUUGUGGUUCGGCAACCGCAAGCAAUUGGCUUGCGUGCGCACGGUGUGCUCGCACAUUGAAAACAUGAUCACGGGUGUCCGUGUCGGUUUCCAAUACAAGAUGCGCUUCGUGUACGCCCACUUUCCCAUCAACGUCACGUUUGAAAAGAACACGGUCGAAAUCCGCAACUUUUUGGGGGAAAAGCGCGUGCGCCGUGUCACCUUGUCCGAAGGCGUGAGCUACGUCCGUUCCGCCGAUGUCAAGGACCAAAUCGAAUUGAGCGGCAUCGACCUUGCCAAGGUCUCGCAAGACGCUGCCAACAUCACCCAAGCGUGCUUGGUCAAGGAAAAGGAUAUCCGUAAGUUUUUGGAUGGUAUCUACGUGUCCGAGAAGGGCAACAUCGAACAAGAAGAGUAAGCGGCACGGGCGCGUCGGUGCUGACUAACUUUGGAUAAUCGGGUUUGCGAUUGUUUCCGUUUCUGGGUUGACUGCCAUUUGGCCUCGCCAUCUCUGUGGCGGGCGCCACUGGCGUCUUCUGUCCGGGCGGAAUUUAUGAAGCCGCCGUGCCUUCUCUGGAAGGGUCGUCUGGGUGGAUUGAAUUCCGUUGUCACUCGUCCAAGUUGUCGACCACAGAGUCGACUUCCUGUUUUCUUUAGUCGAGCAUGUGUCAUUAGCGU